UAGCACUAAUGACUACAGUUGCACAGCCUGUAUUUAACAACAAGUCAGAAUCGCUUAAGCAAGGUAUAUUACUUGGUGUUGUAGGAGUUGAUGUACCAGUAUUCGAAUUACUCAAAUUAACUCCACCAUACAAGCUUGGUGUCAAUGGAUAUUCCUUUGCCAUUACCAAUAAUGGUUAUCUACUUUUUCACCCCGACUUGCGACCUCUAUAUGGACCAGAUGAUAAGUUGAAGCCUAAUUAUAACAGUGUAGAUUUGGCAGAGGUAGAACUUUCUGACACUGAAGAAACA